UCAGCGACGCCGAGACGGGGAAGGAGGGAAGGAGGGAGCCCUGCCGCUCCGGUGUAGAGAUGGACCUGCGGCUGGCCGAGCUGGUGGAGGAGCUGACCACGGCGGGGGAGCCGCAGCUGGAGCCGGGCCGGCUGAAGGAGCUGAAGAAAAUAUGCAGGUCGUCGGAGGAGCACCUGAGCCACGCGUACCACCUGCUGCUGACCAGGCUCCACGAGGAGCACGCCGAGAUGCGCUUCUCCGCCUUCCAGAUCGUGCAGGAGCUCUUCUCCCGCUCUCACCGCUUCCGCACGCUGCUCGUUUCCAACUUCCAGGAGUUCCUGGAGCUCACGGUGGGGACGGACCACGAGCAGCCGCUUCCCCCGCCCCGGGAGGUGGCCCAGAAGCUGAGGAAAGCGGCCAUUGCGGCGGUGCUGGGCUGGCACGAGAAGUAUGGCGAGGCCUACAAGAAGCUGUCUCUGGGAUAUCACUACUUAAAGCAGAACAAGAAGGUGGAUUUUCAGGACGUGCAUGCAAGAACAGUGGCUGAAAGGAAAAGGGAAGAAGAGAAGCAAAAACGAUUGGAUAACGUUUACAAAGAAAAAGCCAAAAGAGCUGAAAAAGAAAUGGCAGAACUGUCCCAAGAGGUUGCUGAGACACUGACAGAGAUGGAGAACUGUUUCCGGCUUCUGUUGCCAGAUCCUUUUGACUUCACUGUGAGCAACACAGGACUGGAACCCAAUGAACAAACGAGUGCUGACAAGGAUAGAUCUGCAUCCUCCUUGUCCUCGUGUGUGGGAUGUGUGGAUGAUGAACAGCCGUGCUGUAGCAAGGACAUUCUUCCUGUUUCUCAGUGUGUCAGAAUGGAUCAAAACGAAGAGUUAGGUGACAAACAGAAGAAGCCUGAGCAAAAUGUAUUAGAUGGAGACACGUGCUCUGAGGUUGAAACUGGUGUUCCUGUUCUUGGUGAUGAUGAUUAUGAAACUUUUGUCAGGAAUCACGGACUGAUUUCUCAUAAGUAUACUCUAGACCUUGAACUCUCUACAGAUAUCAAAGUGCAUGAGAACGAAGACAAUACUGCUGUAAUAAACAGUGUUGUGGAUGCUCACAAACUCGUCAGAAAUAAGUUCUUGCCUUCCGUGCAGUCCUGGAUUCAGUUAUUUACCCGAGCAGGAAUAAACGACGAUCGGUUGAGAUGUGCCAUUGAUCUGAAGAAUAAACUGGAGGCUGCUCUGAGGAAAUACAAGGAAAUGAACAUUACUUUUAAAGAGAGAAAAAGAAAAGUGAUGAAAGCUUCAGAUGACGAUGAUGAAGAUGAUGAUGAAGAUGACUUUGUGGAGGUCCCUGAGAAGGAAGGUUAUGAGCCCCACAUUCCAGACCACCUGCGUAAGGAAUAUGGCCUUGAGCCUCAGUCACCCCCAAAAGCACCAGCAAGGAAGGCUCCUGCAGGACCAGCUCCGUUCAGCUCCCGUGCCCGGCUGAAAGGGAAUGAAGAUGAACUUGAUCCAACUUGUGCAGCUGCAACAUUGAAGCUUAUCAGAGACAAACUACAAAAGUUAACACCUCCACAGGCCAGUGAGUCUGCAACUACUGAGCCAGCAGCUUUGGAAGAGCCUGACAGUAAGAGAAGAAAACUAGAAGAGGAAAGAGCUAAAGCUCCCCUCAUGCCUUUUGGGUUAGAUCUUCACUACUGGGGACAGGAUCAGCCAAGUGCUGGGAAGAUUCUCAAAUUUACUUCCGAGCAUCGAUUUUGGGCACCCAGUGAAGUAGAGGAAGAGGUAGAAAAUAAAGAAAUAACCGAAAUGUUAAACACCAGAUAUAUAACAUUUGCUGGCAAGUUUGAACCAGUGAAGCAUAAAUGUCGAGCGCCAAUGCCUGAUGGAAGUCUGUGUGAAAGACAAGAUCGGAUUAAGUGCCCUUUCCAUGGAAAGAUAAUUCCUCGGGAUGAGUGUGGGGUUCCUACCAAUGCAGAGGACAGAGCCAGAGAAGAAAAGAUGCGCUUUGAGAAGCAAGCAAAUCAGCCAGAGUGGCGGGAUCCAGAAUUCAUGAGAGAAGUCGAAGCAGCCACGGGAGUGGAUCUUGGUUCCUCUAAAAAUAAUGGGAGAGGAGGAAAAAAGAAAGGGAAGAAGAAAUACCCAAAUCUGACAGACCUGAAGCAGCAGGCUAACACUGCUCGUUCCCGGCUUGAGAAGAUAGUCUUCAAUAAAGGUGCUGUCAAACGAGUGGUGAAAGCAAUGAAUCAGAUGGACCAAAGAAAGCAUGAGAAGUUUGCCAACCAGUUUAACUACGCACUGCAUUAAGUUGUAGCAAAAUGCAAAGAAGGUGAACAAAAGUGCAACUGUACAAAGCUUUAGCACAGGCCUCCGUGUUUGAAAUACUGUGCUGUGUGAAUUUUUACUGGGAUUACUUUUUAAAGUGUUUUUAACUUCUAAUUUAUUUUACAAUUAACAUGAAUUUUGGCAAAGAUGUGAUAGUACAUAAUGGACUUAAUAAACUUAGUGAUAAGUAUUGGAAA